UUUGAAACCUUUGCUAGGUUCAAGCCUAUCGGUUAGCAGUCUGAUGAGCAGUCAGUAGCUUGGCGCCGUUGGCGGGAGCCGCGCGCGCUGACGUUUCAGCAACAGCAGCGGUUACGCGCGCCGACAGGGAACGGCAUCGCGCCUCUUCUCACAUCCAUCUGAGCGGCUCGCGCACACAGAGCACCAGCAUCACCAGCGCACAACUUCACCGGGAGUCGCAUCUGAGCCUGAAGUUAGAGCCAUGCAACACAAUCGCCAUUUAAACUCCAACCAUUUCUCAUCGACUUCUUUUUAACAACCAGAAAACGACAUUUUCUGUUCCUUCUUUUUUCUUUCCUUCUUUUUUUUUUCUUUCUUCUUCAUCGGAACAUAUUGUUUUUUCCCGGUUGAUGCGAGACCUUCUCCGUCAUAUGGAAACGAUGUGGAGCUUACACGACUCUGUUGGAUUGGUUUUCUUUUCCUGUUUGUCGAUCCAGAUCGGAUUUUCUCUUCAAGGCAGAUUCACCGAUUUGCCGUCAAACAUCACUGCCAGGGAGGGACAGAACAUUGAGAUGGCGUGCGCUUUCCAGAGCGGCACCUCCUCCGUUUACUUGGAGAUCCAGUGGUGGUUCAUCCGCGCUCCUGAGGAGCCGAGAACGAGCGAGGAGGAGGAGGGGGAGGAGGAGUCGGAGGAGGAGGAGACCGAGAUGGAGCUUAUACCGGAGCCAGACCCAGAUGAUGAAGGAACUAAAAUAAGUACGGUCAAGGUCCAAGGCAAUGACAUUUCCCACAAGCUUCAAAUUGCACGGGUGAGCAAGAGCGAUGAGGGUCUGUAUGAGUGCCGAGUCACAGACGCCAACUACGGAGAGCUAAAAGAGUACAAGGCCCAGGCCUACCUAAAGGUCAAUGCAACAGUCCGUAGAGGACUUAUCAAGAAGACUUCACCUCUGCACCUGACCAAUAAGAAGCCUCGUAAGAGCAGCUCGGCUUUAGGCCAAGACAGCAACGGUAUCAACUCAGACCAACACUCCCAGUCCUCCUCUACCUCUCAGGCAUCACAGUCCAAAACAGUCAAACACAGUGCUGGAUCAGGUACCAGGAUAGAUACGAGCUAUGGACUCACUCUCCUGCUUUUUGCUAGCAUUUGUGUGACGGGAGCUUUGCUAUAGUCUGGGACUCUUUUUCCCCCCUUCACUGUUCUUUUAAAGCCAAGAGAAAUAUCAUCUGCUAUUUCCAUAGCACGGACGCCACCGUUGCCCCAGUUUUUGCACCCAGUGUUAUAAUUAUCUAUACCAGAAUCACCUUUGGUCAAAAAUAUAAGCCCUAGAGCAUAAGACUGUAUUCUUGGACAUGUAUUUGAUGAUCCUGAUAUUAAAAUUGGAUGGACACGAACUAAUUAUGGACUUCAUCCAGAUAUUAUUAAUAAUUUGGUUGUAUUUUCUUUCUGUUCAUAUCCAGCUGUGAAUUUAAUAUAAGAUGCUCUAAAGCCUGGAAAGAAUUUAUAUUUGUGUAUUAUAUAAAUAUAAAUACAGAUAGAUAUAUAAUGAUAUGAUUUUGAACCUUCUUGGACUCUGUACAGCUUGCAUCCAUCCUGGAAUAUUAUGUGUUCAAGGACACUGAAUUAAAUGUGAAUAUAACAGCACUGACAUUUAAGUAAAUAUUGUGGCUGGAUAGGAGUUCUGCUUAACUAUGUGAUGUUCUGCGCUGUUUAAUCUGCUUUGAAGUUUCCUAAUUUUUCCUGGUUUUUAUGAAGAUUGUUCGUGCUCAAAUGCACAUCCUGUUCCUUUGUUGUUGUAGGGUUUUUGUUUUGAUAUUUUCCUUUUCCUUUGUUUUAUUUUGCAUAAUAAAUGUGAGCUUAUUUCUGUUAUCAACCUGUUAGUCUGGGUUUGUCUUCAAGGACAACGGAACUCUUUUUUACACAUCAUGUGCAUGUCUACAGAAAUUAACGCCAGGACAUGUACUAAUUAGCUGAUAAUUAUCUCAGAAAAUACUGACCUCUUUCUAUAUUGCAUGAAAGUUUCCUUUGUUUUUGGGAAGGAGAAAAUAUGUGACAGGAAAUACUCAAGUCAACGUCUGUGGACCUAUGAAUAUCUUAUUGUCUUAUUGACUAAAGAUGCUUAAGUGCAUGUGUGUUUUGGUAUUUCAUCCUAUUUCCACCAACUGGAGUGUGAUAUGGUGAUAUUCCUUUUGAUAUUCUAAGCAUACUCUCAUUUCCACAAAGUCUUGACCAUCUGCCUUUCUGCUUCAAACUCCAUUACACUCGGUCAUUGAAUUUGCACCAUGGCUAGCCAGAUGAUAUUUGAUUUUUCUCCCCUCUCCUAGUUGGAUUUGACUUCAUAACAUUUAUAAUGGAUCUAUCAUCUUAGCACAAUAUAUCAGAAAAAUAUCUAUGUCGUACUGCCCCAGUGAAAGCGAAAACACGAAAGCCAUGGUGUAUUUUAGAUAUUUAGCUAAUGCAACACUCGUCCAUUAACUCAUGGAGAUUUUCUCCCAUUUAUGUACCAAAAUACAUAGGUACUUUUUUCCAGAAUGCUAUUUCAUGUGAAAUGCUAAUCAUUAGUAAGACCAUUAAACAUCAUAUUUGUUUUACAAUCAAGCACUAACUUAACCCAAUACACCACCUACUAAGCUCCUGGCAUAUUAAAAUCAUGAGGAAGUUAGGAUUUGUAAACAAAUCAUUAUGACAAGAUGGCACCUCUUCAAAACUUCAUAAAGGCAUCUGGACAUGACCUUUCCAACCGUCAUCAUUAUGCAGUGUACCCCCUGUGUACAUUCUGCGCUCAGUUCAUACAAUAAAAUGCCACGUCAUUGUCUUUGGGAAGACUUGGGUUCAGUUUAUGAAGCAAAGGCUCCAGUGUAGCUUAAGAAACAAGCCAAUUCUUUUGUACAUGCCUAUGAGAAGGUAUUUUGAAUAUGAUUCAGACUUGUACAACUGGCAUUUACGUCUGUUUAGUGUCUUUGUAACAGCCGCAGUAAAUUACGUAAACAGCAUGAUUGUCUUCAUUUAUUUCAGUAACAUUAAAGUGUGUUCACCACAAUGCUGUCCAUGAUUUAUCAAGAUGGUUCCUGCAAAGGCUUGACAUCUCCAUAUCC